AUAUAUGUACACAUACACACCCAGCUGCACCUCUCCCUCUGGUUAAACCUGCUCUCUCUCAAUUCAGUUCAGUACAAUUUAUGAAAACUAAAAUGAUAUUUUUGGUCUUAAUUUAAGAUUAGGGUUAGCAGUGUGAUUAGGGUUAAGUUUAACAUGUCAUAACUUUGUGGCUUUGCCCGCUAGUGACCACUCUGCAGAGCUGCCUCUGCAUUAUGAAAAACGCUGCAGAAAAUAGUGGAAUAGGAGUAACAAAUGCAUCAAAAUGUAUUUAUAUAGUGCCUUUUGAACAUACAAUUGAGAGUAGAAGUGGGAGGCAGGUACAGUAUAAUGUUGUCAACAUGCCUUUUUUCACAUCUGCUUAUGUCGUUUUCCUAUGACAAGGUUGACCUGUAAAGCCCACAGUCCAUUCAGUGAAGUCUCUCAUUUGUCCACACCAGCAGACACCAUAUAAAGGGGCGUCAUAGCAGCUAUAUUAAUGCUGUCUGUUAACAUAUGGCUGAGUAGAUUUUGAGCAUCUGUCAGAUGAGAUGAUGUCAGCAAGUACAGCUGUCUGCUAUGGUUGCCCCACUGGCCAAGGGAAAGUCAUAGACCGUACAAACACACACAGGCCCGUUGGGGAUUAACACAGCUGGAUGUCUGCUAGACUAGAACAUGAUGCCGCUGGGCAGUGGACAGACUCCACCCAUCUCACAGGAUAGGCUGCUCCACUUCACAGCACCUACAGUAUAUAUACCAUGGUUUUAUCCACACCACAUUGCCCUCUAUCAUAUGAUAUUCUUAGAUUCUGAGUUUGUCCUGAACCUGUGACCUGACCAGGAAAAACGCCAGUUACUAGAUUGAUUCUGUUCUAAAAAGAUAUGACGUGGAAAGCCAUUCAAUGAGUGUGUUUGCAAGUUUCCACCCUGUCCAGACAAUCACCAGUGUAUGGACGCUCCAUAUGGAUCUUAAAAUGUCUGGGACUAAAUUUAGGAUCUAGCGCUAUUCUACUUGUCCACACUUUCACACCGGCCUCUAGUGUUGCCAUUUUAUCUCUCACACCACUUGUCCCUUCCCACCCUGUAUUUUUAUGUUCUGUGCUUUCCUCCCUCUGUCCUUGGAUCUGCCUGCUCAAACACUGUAAAGACCAAAUCACACGAGAAGUUAUCUUUUUUUUAUGCGCAUGCUCACGCUGGAAUGAGAAUUCAUGUGAGGGAAUGAGAGAGCAGACGAGCUGCGGGCGUCAACUGCGUCACAUUAGAAUGAUAUAUAUCACGUUGCAAAUGUCAUUUCUUGGCAGUACCGUUAGGCUAUCACCGUUGCAGCCGAUUUGAUUAAUAAAGUUCAAAGUAUAUGGUUAGUAAGUGCCUUGUUUCAAAUGAAUCAAAAGUUGGUCUAAGGAUGGAGUGGGUCGUUUGUAGAAAAAUAAUUAAGAGGAAUUGUCAUGAUCUUCCCUAUGCUAAGUAGACAAAAUAUGUAGUUUUAAAAUGUAUUGGGCUGAAAGCUAAGGUUUAUCAAUAUCAGUUAAACAAUUGCAGUCUACCUGUGUUGAUUUCGACCAUAGCUAGGCAUAUAGCCUAGGCAGGCUACGGCUGGAUAAUUUGAGGACCUCGUAUUUCAAAAGAGAAUACUGCUAUGUAGAAAGAACGAGAUUUAGCUAGUUCUUUAUAAACGGCUCCGGUUUACAAGCUACAACUCUCCUCACGUUCGUGAGCUAGCAUAACAACUGUUUAGCCCAGGUGCGGUGGCUCCGUAGGACAUAUAAAUUGAUUCACAACAAUAACUACCAGGGGCUAGCCUACACAGAGAACAUAACAAAAAUAACUAUUUACAAUGGGUUGUCAUGACAAUUACGUUAGCAUAAGCUACGCAGUGUUUGUGAAUUGACGCUCCCUUUUCUCGCACACCAAUUUCACGCCGUUGACGGACAUCUCCCCGUGUGAUUUGGGCUCACACUGUCACUCGCACUCUAGUCUUGUCACAACUAGCUGAAUGUGGGGCAAAGGAAAGCAGCAAGGCCACUAUGUGUGUGUUCUGUAUCUUGAGUCAUUGUUUUACAUCUGACAUGAGGGGUGACUUGCCAAUGGGAGAGAGCUUAAAGGCUGUGAACCAGGAGAGGAGGGAGAUACCAACCGAGAGGAACAGCCAGACUGGCACUGAUUGGCUCUCUGACUGUUGCUAUGGUGGUUUAGGCAGCUCUCCCAUUGGUCAGACAAGCAACUUGGACCGGGAGAUGCUCGGAAUCCAAACAUCCUCUUGUCGUCAUGACAACAGACAGGAAGUGGGAAGUUGUUAUUGUGGAAGAUUGCCAAGCUUGUUCUCAACUGAACUGUGUUUUUCAACAGAUGAUCUCUUGUGAACAUAGAAACUAACCCUGGAUCUGCUUCAAGAACAGCUUAGUGGCGCUCCAUUCCGCUCUCGGGUGUUCAGCAGAGAUGGAGUAAUCCGCACGGAAAGAUGAUUAUUAUAACAUGUUUGGAUGAGAGAGCAGCUAGGGGCUAGAUGUGAUUUUAUGGGUCUGGAAGGAUUUAGUCAGUGUCAGAAGAAGACCGAAAUAUCCUAUUGUCCCUUGUCCACUUCCAUCUAAAAUAGCAAUCCUACUGGACAUGUUUCUUAAUGUAAUAACGUAUUAGCUAAUCAUGUAGGUAUACACCUACCCCAUACAUAGAGUCCUGUCCAAUCCUGUUUUAGCGCAGUACAUGUUGGCGUAGUGCAAAAGACAAGGCAUCCAACCCAAUUCUAUUUUUAAUCCAUACCUCAGGGAGGAUUUCAUGAAUCCCAGUUGAUACCGUAGAGUCUGCCAGGGAUCAGGUUUUCACUAGGUUCUCCUCUGAGCUCUCCAUUACCCCUCCUAUUCCAUCCUUAGAGGACGGUAUAAAGGCUGUAUCCUACAGAGACCUAUUGCAGCUUCAGUUCAUUCAUAUCAAUGUGUUUACUCUGCCUUCAGGUGGAUGAUGCAUCACUUCAGACACACAGUUUAAUGCUGGGCCAUUGAUCAGGCCUGACACGGGCACUGAGCCACACAGAGAAACACACACACACCUGGCUUUCUGGUUGAUGCAUAUGCAGAGGCCUUGGUAAAUGCUGACAUGCUAAUACUUUCUACCCAAGCAGCACCUUCACUUCUAUGAUGUUAAAUGGUGUGGAACCUGUUUGCAGUAACCCCAUAGCUGUCAGAGCCACACCUUCUGGGAGAGAAAUAAUGAAACCUGCCAUGGGAAAGGAAGAGAAAAGGAGACGAAAGGGGAGGGGAGAGGAAAGAAAGGAAGGAGAGAGAGGAAAGGAAGGAGGGAGAGGAAAGGAAGGAAGGAGAGAGAAAGGGGAGGAGAAAGAGAGGAAAGGAAGGAAGGAGAAAGGGGAGGAGAGAGGAAGGAAGGAAGGAGAGAGGAAAGGAAGGAAGGACAGAGAAAGGGUAGGAGAGAGAGAGGAAAGGAAGGAAGGAAGGAUAGAAGGGGGGAGAGAGAGAGAAAAGGAAGGAAGGAGAGAGCAAGAGAGAGAGAGCGACGCAAGAAGGGGUGGGGUGAUGUUCAGGUGAGGUGAGGAUAAGCGAAAGCGAGGCAUCGGGGAGGUAAAGUGAUGCAUGCUGGGAGCAAUAUGGAGCUCAUGAAUAUCUCACCAGCAACAGCUCCAGUGAGAGUCAGACGAGCUCACUAACACACACUGGGCUCCUUUUGUAACCCAACAUCUGACCCAGAAACCUCCUUGCACGGAAGGCUAGAGAGACGGGGAGAGAGAGAACAAAGGAGGAGGAGUGGGAAAGAGGGGAACGAGGUCGUUGGGUGGAUUCUUGUGGAUGGGAAAUGCUCCCUGAUCUUCCCUGCCCUCCUCCUCCCUCUCCUGAACACCCCAAUCCCUCCAUCUCUCGUUCUCACUUUCUCCAUCACUCCAUCACUCUCUGGUCGCCAUGACGUCCACGCUGCAAACGCUGGCGCUCAAGCUGGCCCCGCCCCCUCAGGACCUAAACCCUGAGCGGUUGGACGGCUGCGAGGAGACGGGCCGGCGCUACAAAGUGGUUCCCUCCGUCGUGUGCUCCAUGUGUUGCCUCUUCGGCAUCAUCUACUGCUUCUUCGGGUACCGUUGUUUCAAGGCGGUGAUGUUCCUGACGGGCCUGAUGUUCGGCUCCAUCGUCAUCUUCAUGUUGUGUUAUAAGGAGCGCGUCCUGGACACCCAGCUCAGUGUUGAGGCCUCUGUGGGCAUCGGCCUGGGCAUCGGCACCCUCUGCGGCCUGGUCACCAUGCUGGUUCGCUCCGUGGGUCUCUUCAUGGUGGGUCUCCUCCUGGGCCUCUUGGUGGCUGUGGCUACCCUGGUGGGCAUGGAGGAGCUGUCCAACAGCCCCCCGAGGUCGGUCUGGGUCCCCCUGGGGGUGCUGCUCGGCCUGGGCAUGCUGUUCGCUGUUCUCACCCUCCAAUGGCAGCGCUUCUUCACCACCGUGUCCACGGCCGUGUUCGGGGCGGCGGUGAUCACCGUGGCGCUGGACUACUUUGUGGAGCUGUUUGCCCUGGUGCUGUACCUGUACGAGAGGGUGAAAGCGGCGCCCAGGGGGAGACCCGUCUGCUGGAUCACCUGGGUGGUGCUGGGGGUGUGGCCUGUUCUGACGCUCCUGGGGGUGCUAAUACAGUGGAAGGUGACAGCAGAGGGAUACUCCCACACCAAGGUGAUCAUCAGUCGUCAGCAGCGGCGGGUCCAGCUGAUGCGUAUCCGUCAGAAGGAGGAGCGGAGGGACCGCAGCAGGAAGAGGAAGAAUAAGCAACAGAGAGACUCCACCCACAGCUCUCACCCUCCCAAACCCCUGCACCCUGAGCCCGCCUAUCGCAGAAAACCCAACCCUAUACGACGCUUUGACGGGGACGUCCUAUCGCCUAGUUACAUCCAGAGUUUCCGGGACAGACAGGUUGAGGCCAGGCCGUAUCCUGGAGGGGGCAGACUGAUGGGGGGAGGAGGGGCUCACACCAAUGUGGAUGUGGACUAUGACUGUGGCUCCACCACGCCCCUCACUGCGGCUGCAGGCCCCUUACUGCGAGUCUGAACACUCCCCUAACCACUGGUCCAACACCCCCAAUGAUCUGGCAGCCACAUCACACCCCCAAAAGGUGUGACCACACCCACAACCCACCUGUGCUGCAGUAUGGAUCUGACCACACCCCUAAAUGGUGCGACCACACCCCCAAAGGCCUGUAUUGCAGUAUAGGUCUGACUGACCACUCCCCCACCACAAUGCUGGAGCCAAUCAGAGUAUGUGAAUAGUAAAGGCCUGAACUCCUUUUUCUGUUUCACACACACCAGCCACAUGCAUGAAAAUACUGUACACACAUCCACAAACACCGCAGUGGAACUGGACCUGGUGAACAGAGAGAGAAAUACAGGGCCUCCAACUGGAUGGAUAGAUGUUACCCGAGGCUUCUCUCUCUCCAUCCAGCCUCCAGCCAGUCUCCAUCGGGACACAGUUUAAAGAAGCAUGGCUCAGGUUUCAAACGAGGCAUCGUUUUACCACGGACACCGGAAUACAAUCCUCUCUCUUCAGCAUUUUGAAAGAUUCAACUUAAAGUCUUGUCUACUGCUCGGCAGUCUUAAUUCCUCAAAUCAUUCUCUGUCGUCAACAGGCAGUUCCUUUGUACUGCAUUUCUACGGUUCCAUCCUUCUAUGGAGUUGGGACCUUCUGAUGAGAACUGACUAGUCAUAAACACCCCUGCUCUGUGCCAUGCCAGCCCAACAACAGAUCACCUCCUGGGAAGGAGAAGAAUAUCUGUCUUUUAAGAGGAAGCAUUAUGCAUUCUUGGUGCUGGACGAUAUCCUUCUUUGGAAAGCAGUUUGAAAUCCCCCUUCUUUAAAUGAAGUUGGGAGAUCCGGUUGAUUUACGGGUGCCUUGUGACUGCCCUUACUUGGACUGUACCACUCAGCAGUGAGAUAGUGGUUAUUGGCAGUGGUCACUGACUGAGAGAUGUGAGAGACUAUAUGAUAACGUGUUAUAUUAUUAUAGUGACAGACAACAAAGUUGUUGCGAUAGGAAUGAGGAUAGGCCUAUGUCUAGCAGAGGAGCAACAGUGACCCAAUCAGGGAGCAAGCAAGGAAACAGUGGAUGGUGAUUGGUCUAAACUGUCCUGGGCUCUACCAAAAGGCACCCUACAUGAAGUCAGCACAGGGUCAACAAGAGGUCAAUAAAGAGUUCAAAACAGAAAGGGGUCCGAAUAAACGAUCGACCAAUACAACGAGAGUAUUGACCACUCCCCCUCCACUCUACAGAGAGGACCAUUCAGGUCACAGAGGAUCGCCUACAUAUAGAUAGACCCCUACAUAAUGUGCAUUGGCUUUUCAAUAUGGGUCAUAGCAUUCUGUCUAUCGUGUAUCAGUAAAUGACAUGACAUCUAUGGUUUAUUAUUGUCUUUGACUCAGACUGUGAAAGGGACUGUGAGUUUGAAACACAUGACAAAAGAAUACAGGCGUGAUGUUAUUAUUAUGAUUAUUAUGAUUGCCCAAUUGGGCUGUGGGUCGGGACAGGGUAUGAGAAUCAAAGUUAUUUUCCCAGAAUCUUCCAGGGGAAAUCGACCUGGCUGCAUGACUCAGUGUUUCCUUCCUGUUCCUGUCCCCCUCUCUUAUCUGUCUCCCGUGGCUUUGUCCUCCUCACCUCACCAGACAGUGGUUCCUAUCCCCUCUAGCCUGGUCAGCCCACAUCUAACAACCACGUGCAUAGUUUGUUAAACACUUCUCAUGAAUAGCUUCUUAAUAAUGCAUUAUAAGCACAUGUAUAAUGCCUUACGAGCUAUGUAUAGUGCACUAUAAUGCAUAGAGAUUAAAUUGAUAUUCAUGAGCACUUAUUAUGCGCUUAUUUUACAUUAUGAAGAGCAUAUUCAUAGGAAGUGUUAGCAAAUUAGCCUGAGUGCCAGUCUUGUUAAAGCUAUUGUUUCAACUCCUUGCCGUGACAAUGAGUUGGCAUGGUAGCACAAACAGAUCUGGGACCAGGCUAUUACAGACUUGUCCAUACAGCACAAACAGAUCUGGGACCAGGCUAUUACAGACUUGUCCAUACAGCACAAACAGAUCUGGGACCAGGCUAUUACAGACUUGUCCAUACAGCACAAACAGAUCUGGGACCAGGCUAUUACAGACUUGUCCAUACAGCACAAACAGAUCUGGGACCAGGCUAUUACAGACUUGUCCAUACAGCACAAACAGAUGUGUAAUUCCCCACUAGUGCUCAUUCUUCUGAUCUUCUGUUUUGUACAUAAACACUGUAUUUUGACCAUUUAUCUGUAUUUCUUGCUUUAUUUGAUUGUUUAUUUGUUCUUAUGGAUUUAUUUUAGGAUAUUUCAUUUUAUUUAUAUGAAAUGAACCUUUUAUUUAACUAGGCAAGUCAGUUAAGAACAAAUUCUUAUUUACAAUGACGGCCUACCGUGGAACAGUGGGUUAAACGCCUUGUUCAGGGGCAGAACAACAGAUUUUUACCUUAACAGCUCGGGGAUUCGAUCCAGCAACCUUUCGGUUACUAGUCUAACGCUCUAACCACUAGGCUACCUGCCGCCCAAAUAACAUGUCCUUUCUGAAGUACUGUAUGUAGAUUUAUUUAUCAGGUAAUUUAUUGACAUUAUGUUAUUGACAUCUUUUGACUUCAAGAGUGCAGCCUCAUAAAUGUAGGCCGGUGAUAUUCCAUGCUUCUUAUUACAAACAUAAUUAUUAAUACUAUUAUUAUUAUUAUUAUUAUUAUUAUUAUUAUUAUUAUUAUUAUAGCAUGUGUUUUUAUGGGCCUGUAUAUGAUAAACAAAGUGAUUCUUCAAUGUCUUUGGUUGUUAAUUCAAAACGCACGCACACACCCACACUGAGAACAUGAUAGACUGGUACAGAGACUGGCAGGCUGGUGACCGUGUGUCGCUGUUGGUUGUGUUUGUUAACCAACCUAUAGGCCCACCAU